CACCCGGCGAGCCGGGGGCGGGGAGCGCGGAAGGCGGAGCCGAGCAGGGGAAUCCUCUCCCGGUUCGCCACGGUCCCGCAGAGCCACCGGGCCGUCCAACUGCUCCUGCCCGGGGGGCGGCGGAACCUCGACGGGCCGAGUCUGCGGAGGUCCCCGUGGCCCGUGAGUCGGUGUCGCCCCUAGCACGCUGGCAGCGCCCCGCCUCGGCCCUCCAGGCCCCGCGAUUCCCUCGCCGGACAGUCGCCCGCGCGCCAUGCAGCCGCCGCCCGCCCCACGCGCGUAGGCGCCCGCCACAGGCCAUGCUGCCCCUGCUCGCCGCGCUGCUGGCCGCCGCCUGCCCGCUGCCGCCGGCGCACGGCGGGGCCACGGGUGCGCCCGGCCUUUCCGGGACGCCCCCGAACGCCUCGGCCAACGCAUCCUUCACCGGCGAACCCGCCGCCCCGCGCCUGCUGGCCUCGGCGGCACCCGCGCCCCCCGAGCGCGCGGGCCCAGAGGAGGCUCCGGCGGCGCCCUGCAACAUCAGCGUGCAACGGCAGAUGCUGAGCUCGCUGCUCGUGCGCUGGGGCCGCCCGCGGGGCUUGCAGUGCGACCUGCUGCUCUUCUCUACCAACGCGCACGGCCGCGCCUUCUUCGCCGCCGCCUUCCAUCGUGUCGGGCCACCACUGCUCAUCGAGCAUCUGGGGCUGGCGGCCGGCGGCGCGCAGCAGGACCUGCGCUUGUGCGUGGGCUGCGGCUGGGUGCGUGGCCGCCUGCGGGCCCCAGCCGGGGCUCCCACAGCGCUGCCUGCCUACCCCGCGGCUGAACCCGGGCCGCUGUGGCUGCAGGGCGAGCCUCGUCACUUCUGCUGCCUGGACUUCAGCCUGGAGGAGCUGCAGGGCGAACCGGGCUGGCGGCUGAACCGCAAGCCCAUCGAGUCGACGCUGGUGGCCUGCUUCAUGACCCUGGUCAUCGUGGUGUGGAGCGUGGCCGCCCUCAUCUGGCCGGUGCCCAUCAUUGCCGGCUUCCUGCCCAACGGUAUGGAGCAGCGCCGGACCACCGCCGGCGCCCCCGCGGCCGCUCCAGCCGCCGUACCGGCAGGGACCUCCACCGCCGCCGCCGCCGCUGCUGCUGCUGCAGCCGCCGCCGCCGCGGCCGUCACCUCGGGGGUAGCCCCCAAGUGACCCCCGCUGCCCUGCGUCCGCGCUGUGUCCGCGUUCACACGCGCCUUCCACGCGGGAGACGCGGCAGGUGCGCUUCGUGCUGUCCUUAAUGUCCGUCCUUUUCCCGGGAGGGGACCGCGGAGAGGCCCCAAGGAGGUGGUAAAACGAGGUUUGUGCUGAGCUUCUGGUUCUGAAAAGCAGGGGCAAGCUGUCAGACUGAAGGGUGGGAGCCAAGCGUGGCUCGAGGACACAAGGAAAAUGGGCUCUUCCCCCUGCGUUACCCCCUCCCAGCACCCACGUACCCUUUAUUCAUGGCAGAAAGUGACCUGAACCUGUGUAUUUGUUUUAUAUAUUUAAUAACUGUUUUAAAUGAAAGUUUUAGUAAAAAAAAAUACAAAACAAAAAGAUUCAACUGCUAUCGCUGUAGUAACAGGAGCUCUUUGUAUCUGAACAUAGUUGUACUUGAAGCUUCUUUGUUUGUUUUCUUAUUUAUUUUAAAAAAAGGGUGGGGGGAGGGUGAGGGAAGGAUUUGACACGGAUUUAUUGUUAUUGCUUUAAAAAAAGAACUUUAUGAAUCUUUUCCAAGUCGAUCUAUUCAGUGACAUGGCCUGGUGGGCGUUUCUUCUUGUAUUAAUGUGAUUUUCUGGCUUUUAAUACAGACAUUUUCCUCCA